UCCAACGUCCGCUCUCGCCAGUCGCCACUAAACGCUGCUGCUCAACUUUCUCGUCUCCUUCCGCUGCCAAGUCGCAGGUGGGAACUCCGUAUAGUAAAGCCCUUUCUCCGUAAUCUACUCCACAGUCAAAAUCAAUGGAGAUAGAAGAGCGCCAGGAGCAAUUCAUCCACCAGUUCGUGGCGCAAGCGUCGGCGAUCGACGGCGGCCCUGCCUCUUCUCCCUCUCUCGCUCGCCUCGUCGUCGAAUCUACCUCCCACCCUUCAGUCUUCUCCUUCGGCGAGAUUCUUGCACUCCCCAAUCUCGUCCAGGUUCAAGGAACCGAGAAUUUGGCGUACGUUGAUCUCCUGAAGCUGUUCGCUUACGGAACGUGGAAGGAUUACAAAGGGAAAUCGAGUGUACUGCCGCAGCUGAAACCGGAUCAAAUUCUUAAGCUGAAGCAGCUCACUGUGCUUACUGUCGCUGAGAAUAGCAAGGUUGUCUCCUACGAUACUCUUUUAGAGCAACUGGAAUUUUCUAACGUGCGUGAGCUCGAGGACUUCCUUAUUGAUGAGUGUUUGUACGCGGGGAUAAUCAAAGGGAAGUUGGAUCAAUCGAGGCGAUGUUUUCAGAUUGAAUUUGCGGCAGGGAGGGACCUGGUCCCUGGUGAACUUGAAGCCGUGAUAGAGACUGCAAGAAAUUGGUUGGCAACUUCAGAUAAUUUGCUUCCCUUGAUUGAAGACAAGAUUAGACAGGCUAAUGAAAUGGAUCAAUUGGAGAAGCAGCAUCAGAUGGAUGUCAAGGAAAAUAUUGAAAAAGCAAGGAAGAACCUCCAUUCGAAUGACCACAAAAGCCAGGCGCUCCACCGGCGGACGCUCUGCCACCCGUUACACCAGAACGUGAAGAGAAGGUCAGCCACUGCUGCUGAGUGCCCUGUCCAAAUCAAUUUCAUACUCGGUUUAGCCUUGUAUUGGAUUCAGUUACGGCGACUUAUUCUUCCAGAUGUGUAGGUUCUUACCCCAUCCAGAGAAUGUAAAUACGUAGUGGAGCUAAUUCUUUCAGUCCAUAAUGUUUGUUUUCCAUAGCUUAUCAUAUCCAGAAGAUCAGAACGAAAUGGAUGGAUUCUUGAGGAGCAAUCCGGCUAGGAGGUCUCAUUUGUCAGAACGUGCUUACAAUGUCCACGGCUGUUCUAGUUGUUCGAUCGGGCGCUGGACACCCCACGACCGCCACGUGUUUUACAACACUUACAAAUGGAGUGGGAGGGAGGAUUCGGUGACUAGGGGUGCUUAGUCACUUGACUAAGUCCCUCCCAGCCUUUAGAUCUGGACACAACAAUCUGACGGUUAAAAAGUG